AUGCGCCUAUCGCUGAGCUUCAUCUAUGGAUUCCAGGGUGUUCUCUCCGUGUUCUGUCUGUUCAUCAUCGCCACGAACACAGUCGUCAUCGUCGCCGUGCGUCGCUUCAAACGGCUGCAGAACUUCACCAACUGGUUCGUCGUCAACCUCGCUGUCACCGACCUGCUGGUGGGCGUCAACGUUGCCGUCACCUUCCCGCUGACGACGUUCCACGUCGAGCGCGCCACGUGCCUCGUCUCCGUCUUUCUCGGCUUAGUGCACACGACCGAGUCGGUCAUCAUGCUGCUCGUAGUCACUGUCGAGCGCUUCAUCGCCAUCAGCUGCCCGAUGAGCUACAAGCUCUGCUUCAACCCGCGCUCCGUGCGGCUGAUGAUCGCCGCCACAUGGCUGUACUCGGUCGCCGUGAGCACGCCGACGCUGUUCGCCGACACGUACGCCGACGUCGGCCGCUGCCUCUCCGAGAUGGUCGUCAAUAAGCUGGCGCUGUACGUGCUAUUCGUCCACCUCAUCGUCAUCAUGGUGGCGAUGUCGUCGCUCUACGCGCACAUGUACACCGUCGUACGGCGGCGCCACCGGCGUCGGCUCGCCACGACGACGUCGACGCGUCGGCGGGAGCACGCGGCGCGCUUCCAACGCUGGAACCGUACGGCGAAGCUGAUGUUGAUCGUCGUCGUCGCGCACGUCGUCUGCACGCUGCCGUACGUGCUCAACUCGCUCGUGCUUGCCGUGCGCGGAUACUCGGCCGCGUACGCCGCCGGACGCCGUAUCACGAUGAUGAUGGUCUUUCUCAACUCGGCCGUCAAUCCGUGGAUCUACGCAUACGUUAACGACGAGUUCCGCACGGCCUUUCGCGAGCUGCUGUCGUGCGGACGCGCGUCGGCGUCUGCCGUCGUCCAUCCCGAAGUCCCGCACUCGAACGUCGUCCGUCCGAUCACGGAGGUCACGCCGUCUAGCGUCCGCGCCGCCGCGACCAGCUCGGCUACCAUGCAGAGCGCCAUCUCUCGGCCGUCAGAAGCCGUCGGUUGCCAGGUGGCGCCUGCGGAUGUAGCAAGCGACGCCGCUGAUGACGGUCGCGCGAGCGUCAGCGCAAAGACCGGAAAUUUGCUAGCCGUACCCGUCGUCUGUCGCGAGAUCUCGCGUGUCGAUGCCACGCACGCAGGCUGCGAUGUUGGUUGCGUGGGGCCACCUGGCGGCGACGACAUUAAUCCAGUAGAUAUAAAUACAUAA